CUGCCUGAAUUACCUUAAUGACAGGGGAAGGGACUUACGUCCUACCAACAGAGUGGUUAAGAAGCACUUUCGCUUUGGGGAACGAGACUUUAAGCACGCUUUCAAGACUCCCACAGUCCCAGAUGCAGCCUUUUGUGUUGGUGAUGCUAAGGCUAAGAGAUCGCGCUACUCUAAUCAGAAUCCACUCGGGUCACAUAGAUUUAAGCGUAUGGAGAGUCAGUUGACCUCUAUUGACCAGGCAGCCAGGGCAUCUAUGCGCCUAGCAACCUAUCACACAUAUCUUUUGACAGCCUUUCGGGAAUCUGAGAGACUAGGUAUCUCCCCAGAGGAUCGCAGAGACAUAUGGGAGUGUGUUAUGAAGAUUGCAGAAUACCAGUUUGAACAGGCGUCGAGAACGGCCAUACUUUGCACGAGAGCAAGACGUUCACAGGUCAUUGACCUACUUCAGAUUAAAAAAAAUGCUACUCGACUACUCGAAAGACUGCCAGCCUGGGGGGAUGACCUUUUCAGUGGUCGUUUUCAGGAAGUUUUAGAAUCUUCCAUCUCUGCCUCUUCCACGGCUGAUAAGACAGUGUACAGGUUGUCUUCACAUUCUUAUGGCCAACGUUCCUCCUCACGUCAGCAGGCCUCUGGGCCGAGUAACCAGCAACCGCAGGGCCCCCCACAACGCGAGGUCAGGGAUAGGAGCCCCCAGACCAAUCAAAGGACCCCUACACCCUUUCGGGGUCGACGCAGAUUGUCCCGCGGUUCUCAGUACCCCCCUAAACACUUGUGACUCCUUGGCCGGACCGUUUUCCCCAGACUUACACGCCCCCGUAGGAGGAAGGCUCAUUUUCUUUGCAAAAAAUUGGAGCCUCAUAACAAGAGACAAAUUAAUUCUCAGGAUAGUGUGGGAGGGAUAUCGGGUCGAGAUCGACCCAGAUUAUCGGGAUGCGUUCGCACAAUUAACCAAACCUCUGCCCUCCCCCACUCUCUCGAAACGAGAGAGGCUCUUUUAAGGGAAAUCAACGAACUGAAGAGAAAGCGUGCAAUUUCCAAGGUGCCCUCCAGCCGAAAGAUUGUUUUGUCAAAUGUCUUCCUAAUUCGGAAACGGUCCGGAAAAUUCAGGAUGAUCCUGAAUCUAAAGAAACUAAACAGGUUCAUCGAAAACAAGUCAUUCAAGAUGGAAUGCCUCUCCAAGAUCCUGCCCCUGCUUCGCCCCCACGAGUGGGCGGCAUCUAUAGACUUAUCGGACGCGUAUCUUCACGUUCCAAUAGCAAGGUCCUCUCAGCAUCUCCUAGGUUUCGCAAUAGGAGGGGACACUUACCAGUACCAGGCCCUCCCUUUCGGCCUUCGCUCUGCUCCUCGCAUCUUUACAAGGCUCGUCAGGGUAAUUGCUGCAGAGCUAAGAAGAAGAGGGGAAAAAUUUUUUUUGCUAUCUGGACGAUUGGUUGAUCCUCGCCCCCUCAGAACAAACCCUUCUCAGACACUUGAAGGUCACAAUCGCGUUAACGACAAAUUUAGGCCUUCUCAUAAACUGGGAAAAAUCAAGAUUGACUCCAACUCAGACUCCGGAUUUCCUUGGAGCAUUUAUAGACAUCCCGAGUCAGGUGGCAGCCCCCCUUCCCCUCCGGGUUCAGAGAAUGAGAGCAGUCGCGGAGCAACUCCUGUCCAGUCGUCUCUCGACUGCGAAGACUUGGCAGAUUUUUCUGGGACUCUUAGCAAGCUUAGUGAAUACAGUUCCCCCUUGCAGACUGAGGAUGAAUUUUCACAUAAACAGUUUGGAGAUGAUUGCGGUGCAGUUAGCCCUCCAACACUUUGCAUCCGAGAUAGUGGAAAAGUGUGUCCUGAUAAAGUCAGACAACCAGACGGUGGUAACAUAGCACAUAGCAGACUUCUUAUCGAGGGGGCGCUAUCUCCCCUCGGAAUGGAUGCUCCACGAGGCUGUGGCCAGGGAGAGAUUCAAUCAUUUCGGCAACCCACAGAUAGAUCUAUUUGCCUCAACACUACCAGGGACCCAGCACUACUACCCCGAGCCCAACAAACUGAGGCUCACACUGUUGCCCAUUACAGGGCAGCAGCAAUCAAGGCUGGACUUUCUGAACGGGCUGCCAAUUUCUCAGCAGAACGUUUACGGUCUUCCACACGAUCAACCUACGACUCCAGACUCAGUCACUAUGUGAGAUGGUGUCGGCAGGCUAAGACUAAUCCAUGCAGGGCAUCUGUAGUUUCAUUCCCCCUCACAGGGCUGUCUCGCCGGAUACUAUCUCUCGUUGGAUUGUGGAGGCAGUGAAAUCUGCUGGUGAUCCAGUCAUCAUUCACCAGAAAGUUAGAGCCCAUGACACAAGAGGAUUGGCUGCUUCCUGGGCCUUAUUCAAGGGCGUACCCAUGGAGGAUAUAAUGAAAGCGGCAUAUUGGUCCAACGCUAAUACAUUCACAUCCUGCUACCUCUCGGAUGUCCUCGGUGAUGAAUCCAAGUUUGCGAGGGCCACCCUGUCCGGUCCCCAUCGCUAAUCCAAGGUAUGAGUUUAACUUUACAAGCUUGUCAUUAGUAUCUUGUAUAAUAGAAUUGAUCUGUAGGGCCUCUUGGCUUUGACCUUUGGCCUGACCACCUCCCAUAGUUGUUUCCGUGGGAAUCUGGCAUUUAAGGGAAUAGGUAAGUAUGGCGUAUCUGAAGUAGAUUAUGUUGUUCAGUAGUGAACACCAUAUCUACGAAGUAGCCAUACUUACCUAUGCUACCCUCCCACCUCCCCUCUUUCUGUAUCUGAGGUUCGUUUGCCUAAGAAAGAGGAAGUGAGCCACGCACGCAAGGUACUUAUAGUAUAGGGCGGGGUUUCCCUCCUUGUCGUGCGGGGCUCUAGUCUGCGUUGCAGACUUUUUCUCCUUUUAUAGGAGAAAUUUUUGCCGGGUGUAUUCGAGCGUGGCGAUCGAAUGGCAUUUAAGGGAAUAGGUAAGUAUGGCUACUUCGUAGAUAUGGUGUUCACUACUGAA